AACUCAUCUUCAUUUCAUCAUAUGGAUGGUGGAGAGAACCUAUGCCUAUUAUUAAGCUACAACUAUAUGAACACCGCAACUCCCGCAUAACGAAAGCAAACAAAUUUUAUCAACAAAAUGGCUUCCAAUCGACAAACUUUUGUUCAUUUAUAUAGGGAUUUGAUGAGAACGGCAAAAUUGUUCCCCUAUACUUACCGUGAAUAUACGCUCCGUCGUACCAGAGACAGGUUUAAAGAAUUAAAGAAUGUAACAGAUCCCUCAAAGAUACAUGAAUUUGAACAAGAAGCACGAUAUAUGCUAGGAGUUGUGCAACGACAAACAACUCUAAAUGGAAUGUAUAACAGGAGAAAUCUCGUUGUCGAGAAUGCUGAUAAUGCAGAAGUGAAUGUGAAAAAGUCGUUCGAAAAUGCCUCUCAGCUUUGAGCUACAAAUUCCCUUCGGUGUUUUUGUUUCAUUAGGACCUUAUAAACCAAACAACGUUGUUUAUGAAAAAGAAUUGAAAUUUUAUUAUGCUUAUUAAUGAUUACGAAUCAUUUUGCUUCCGAUUCUACCACUCUAUCGUGCGCAAAGUAAAAGUAAUGGAAAAAGAAACCACGGUCAUUGGAUUACCAUAUACGUUUUGAAAACAUUGAGUAUCGCUCUAGUGUGAGUAGUUGGCCCUUGCUGACGGGCAAAUCAUCUUUUGAGUUAUUAAGAUAAGUUUUGGUUCGAUUGUCAAUUUCCUGGUACAUGACUGUUAGCUUAAUCAACAAUAUCAAUUGUUUACUUACAAUAUGUCCUCUGAAAAAAUUGUUUGUCUUGCGCUCUUUUUCCCAUGUUUCCGUGUCUUCCUCUCGUAUCUUCAUAGACCUGUAUCGAGACUGAGCAAAAGAGAGGAGAGCCAUUCCUAAAAUGAGUUUGAGCAUGAGCAAAAUAAAAAAAAGAACAGCAAUUCCUGCUUUCCCUUGUAACCAGGAUAAGAAGAUCGAUUCCCAUGAGGGCUCUUUUUCAAUAUUGUAAACUUGAGUUUGGCCCUUUGGUAGGUAAUAAAUGUAAUUGUCUUUGGUAGGAAGAAGCAUUCCUAUCGAUUUGGCAAUUUCUUGUUUCAUGGAAUGUGUUGACCGAAACAUAUUCCAGGUCUGCAUGGAGGUUCUUAUAAACACACAGACAAGUGGAAGAACUGGAAGACCCAUUCUUCGUGCGACGUGCUGAGAUUUUCCGGUAACAGUCUAUAUUGGCCGUCCACCAGAAGCAACAUAAUCAUGACACAGGACAUCUGUAAAGCGCCCAUAAAUACUUGGUUUAAAAUAGUUAAACUUUAUGAUAAAAGCAUGCUUUAGCCAAUCCACAAAUAAUUCAGAACCGAUAACCCAGACAAAUGGGGCCAUUAGUGUUUUGAGACGGUCAAAAGUUAUUAAGGGAGCAUCCAGAGAGGAGGUAGUAUACAUUUCUGUUAGAUUUCUUAAAAAAAUAACAGUCGCCAUAACCGUGAUUUGGAAACGCUCGACGAUGUCUGUGGGAAUUAGUUAUUGUUUUAAAGUAUAUGACUUACCUGAACAAGUCAACUGAAAUAAGUUUUCUUUUUCGAAUUUUUUAAAUACAGAACCUUUGAUCUCUACCA